CGCAGAGUCCCGCUGGGGCCCCCCUCCCCCCCUCCGCAGUCCGCCCUCCCCCAUUCUUCUUUCUCCGGGUCUCCUCCCUCCUCCCGCCCUCACUCGCUGGCCGACAGGAGGCGCUGGGCAGAGGCGGGGCGGCGCGGGGACUGGCCGCGAUGGGACCGGAGGCGGCGCAGACAAAGGCGCGGGCGGUGCGGAGGGCGCGGGCCGAAGGCAGCGGCGGCGGCGACGCGGGAGACCAAACAAGUGGUUCCUGUCACCUCCCUGGGUGCCCCUUAGAUGCCAUUCAGCUCAGCCUGACCAAUGUCCACAGCCAGGGAACAGCCAAUCUUCAGCACCCGGGCUCACGUCUUCCAGAUCGACCCUACUACCAAGCGGAAUUGGAUCCCGGCGGGCAAGCACGCACUCACUGUGUCCUAUUUCUACGAUGCUAUCCGAAACGUGUACCGCAUCAUCAGCAUUGGGGGUGCCAAGGCCAUCAUCAACAGCACAGUCACCCCCAACAUGACCUUCACCAAAACCUCGCAGAAGUUUGGGCAGUGGGCAGACAGUCGAGCCAACACUGUGUAUGGCCUAGGCUUUGCCUCUGAACAGCAGCUGACCCAGUUUGCUGAGAAGUUUCAGGAGGUGAAGGAAGCUGCCAGACUAGCUCGGGAGAAAUCUCAAGAUGGCGAAUUCACUAGUUCUGCCCUGGCCCUUGCCUCUCACCAGGUUCCCCCAAGUCCCUUGGUCAGCACCAACGGUCCUGGAGAGGAGAAGUUGUUCCGCAGCCAGAGUGCAGACGCCCCUGGCCCCGCCGAGCGAGAGCGCUUGAAGAAGAUGCUGUCGGAAGGCUCCGUGGGCGAGGUCCAGUGGGAGGCCGAGUUCUUCGCACUACAGGACAGCAACCAGAGGCUGGCAGGGGCCCUGCGCGAGGCCAACGCAGCUGCCGCGCAAUGGAGGCAGCAGCUGGAGGCCCAGCGUGCAGAGGCCGAGCGCCUGCGGCAGCGGGUGACGGAGCUGGAGGCCCAGGCGGCUGCAGAGCCGGUUCCGGUGGGCGAGAAGGAGGUAACCAGCCAAUCCGUGGAGCAACUGGAGGCUCAGGUGCAGACCAAGGACCAGGAGAUCCAGACUUUGAAGAAUCAAAGCUCAGGAACUCGAGAAGCUCCUGACACCACUGAGCGGGAGGAGACACAGCAGAAGGUUCAGGACCUGGAAACACGGAAUGCAGAGCUGGAGCAGCAGCUGCGGGCCAUGGAGUGCAGCCUGGAGGAGGCUCAGGCUGAGCGGGAGCGUGCGCGGGCCGAGGUGGGCCGGGCCGCGCAGCUCCUAGACGUGCGACUGUUCGAGCUGAGCGAGCUGCGUGAGGGCCUGGCGCGCCUGGCAGAGGUGACACCCUAGUUGGCCCUGGUGGGUUCUGCGGCCCUAAGGUGCCCUGGCAGGGAACCAGGGCCACCUCUGAGCUUUGCGCUGUGUAGUUUUCUAGAAUCCAAGGGUGGCGCUGAUA